AUGAGACAAUUUAAGUUGAAGGAUCUCGGUGAGUUGAAAUAUUUCUUGGGUAUAGAGAUUGCACGUUCUAGCAAGGGGAUUGCUAUUUCACAACGUAAAUAUGCCCUUGAAAUACUGGAGGAUGCAGGCUACCUUGCUGCUAGGUCAGUCAACACUCCUAUGGAACAAAAUUUAUCCCUCAACAAGACUGAUGGAGAGUGCAUCAGUGAUCCUUUUUCUUAUCGAAGACUUGUUGGAAGGUUGAUAUACUUGACACUUACUCGCCCAGACUUAGUGUAUGCUGUCCAUAUUCUUAGCCAAUACAUGGAUAAGCCCCGUACUCCACAUUUGGAAGCAGCUUACCGAGUAUUGCGGUACAUCAAGCAAGCCCCUGGACAAGGUAUUUUAUUCUCUGCCACUAGUCCGAUACAGCUGAAUGCUUUUUGCGAUGCGGAUUGGGCUAGAUGUCGAGACACACGUCGUUCCACCACAGGAUAUUGCAUGUUCCUCGGACAAUCAUUGAUCUCUUGGAAAACUAAGAAACAAAACACAGUGUCCCGCUCAAGCGCGGAAGCAGAGUAUCGUUCCAUGGCUUCGGCAUGUUGUGAAAUAACUUGGUUAAAGUACAUUCUAUGUGAUCUUGGAAUCAAGCAUCCACAACCAGCUAGGUUGUAUUGUGACAAUCAAGCAGCAUUACAUAUAGCGUCAAAUCCAAAGGAAAUGUAG